GAGGUGGAAGCGCGAGCAGAUGAGCGCAAUGCUGGUGGCGCUGCUGGAGCGUCAUCGUCAGGCCAAUCAAAACGCAGUUUCGCCUCCGUUUGCGCCGAAGAGCCCGUAUCAGGCCAAGAUUUGACCGCUGCCGAGCUUUCAGAUGUAACCUCGAUGCCCACCAACCCAUCUCAGCUGAUUGAUGACAUCGAAUUCCCCGCCAUUCCGUUACACAACCAUAAGACCGUGCCGGGGUCUACAGCUCGCGGGAAAAAGGGGGCGUAA